AAUUCCUGUACUACUAAAAAUGUUAAAGUAAAUUAUUAGAAUGUUAUUAAUUAUGUACAUGCUCUGUGUUUGCUAAUUCCAUGCGUAAAAAACAAAAAGACAAAAACGAAACCCCGUUACUCAUUUAAGAACAAAAUGCAGCCAUCAGCAAAGACACCUCACAGAAAAUGAGAUGGGUCAGAUGGUGAAAACGCAUGGGAUUUUUUUUUAAGAGUAGCCAAGGCUAAAUGGCACCCCAAUUAUGGAAUGACUAAUAUCCUAAGCACACAAUCUGCAUGUCACGGGCCCUCAGGAUAGUGAUGAUGUCCACCGCUGAGCAUCAUGUCUUAAGUUCGUUCAUCAAAUCCGAUCAAAUCAUUCACAUUCAGAAUAAAUAAUACAGGUGUUGGUGUACAGCAGAUCAUCCCAGCAGCUCCAGUUCUGCCAAGCACUGAUGAACAGAACCAGGUACAUCACAGGAUCAGCACAAGGUCUAUACGACUCAGAAUCAUAUAUACAGUAUACGUUACAUAUUGAUCCUAAGACACCAGUGGUGCUGACCUCUUCUGCUCCUCAGACUCGCCUGAUCCAUCCUGAUGCCCUACUUCUGGCAUCACAUCGCUCCUGUGGAGGACGGCCCCCUAUGGACAGUCGAAAGUCGCACUUGGGAUGACUCCACCCCCAUUCACAGGACUCAACAUCUCACUGGAUGGUUUGAUGAAGAUGGAAAUUAUUUAAAUGACACGCUGUGGCCUUCACACUCACCACAUCUCAAGCUAAAGGCGAACGGGAGAGUUUGGAGUAAACCGCCCUAUUUAAGGAGGGAGAGCGAGAGCAGAGGAAGAACCGGACGAGACGCUGUGUGUGUCUCUCUCUCGCGCUAGUGAAAACUUGAUUGCAACUCUGAAAAGUGUGGCAAUAAAGCCGGUUUACAAACCUGAUCUCUGUCCUGCCGUCCUCUGUGCUCCACCCACACGCGAUUCACGCAACAGUGGUGCCGAAACCCGGGACCGUGGAGCACCUGUCCUGCAGCCCCAUGGAAUCCUCCCCGUUCGCGGACUUGGUCCACGCCCUCGCCACGGCCCAGCAGAGCCAGCACCAGGCGCUCGUUACACUCCGGAAGGAGCAGGAGCGCCGCUUCGAAGCCCUGGUACUGGCUCAACAGGAAGACCGCGAGGCGUUCCGGCGCCUCCUCGCGUCGGCGGGGUCCACCAGCGCCCCGGCCGCGGGCCCAUCUCCCAUCACUUUGACUAAGAUGGGCCCGCAGGACGACCCCGAGGCGUUCAUCGCAUUAUUCGAACAGGUCGCCGAAGCCUCGGGGUGGCCGAUGGAACAGCGCGCGGCGCGCCUCCUCCCCCUCCUGACGGGAGAGGCGCAGCUAGCCGCACUACAGCUCCCCGCCGACCACCGGCUGGCCUACGCCGACCUUCGCCGGGCUGUCCUCCAGCGCGUGGGGCGCACGCCGGAGCAGCAGCGCCAGCGCUUCCGCGCGCUGCGUAUGGAGGAAGUCGGCAGCCCGUUUGCGUUCGGCCAGCAGCUCCGGGACGCCUGCUGGCGGUGGCUGAGGGCCGAAGAUCGCGACGCCGAGGGGAUCAUCGACCAGGUGGCGCUGGAGCAGUUCGUCGCCCGCCUACCCGCCGGAACCGCGGAGUGGGUCCAGUGCCACCGCCCGGCGUCGCUGGAUCAGGCCGUAGGACUGGCGGAGGAUCAUCUGGCGGCUGUCCCGGUGGCAGGACAACGGAUGUCUUCUUCUCUCUCCUCUUCUCUCUCUCUCUCUCUCUCUUCCCCCUCCUCCCGUGUCCCGUCCUCGCCCCAUUCCCCCACCACGGAGGCGGGGGCCGGCCCCACCCCAGCCGGCCCGCCGCACCCGUGGUGCCCUCCCGUUUCUCCCUUCUAUGUCUGUCUCUCCCCCCCCUCAGGUGAGUGACCCCCAGUCCACAGCUGCAGAGGGGAGGCCCGGGCCGGUUUGCUGGCGCUGCGGGGAACCGGGCCACCUGCAGCAACAGUGUGCCGCGAUGGAGGUGGGGGCGGUGGUGCGGAUCCCCGACGCGCCAGAGGCUGCCCUCGAUCAGGCCGGAGCAUAUCGCAUACCGGUAAGUGUACAAGGGGCGACCUAUCAGGCGUUGGUGGAUUCGGGUUGCAACCAGACCUCGAUCCGCCAAAGCCUGGUGCAAGACGAGGCAUUGGGGGGAGCACAAGGGGUGAAGGUGUUGUGUGUGUGCACGGGGAUGUCCACUGCUACCCGUUGGUGUCGGUCCACAUACAUUUCAGAGGGGACAAAUCUAUAGUGAAGGCGGCGGUUAAUCCUCGCCUUACCCACUCUUUAAUCUUGGGGACUGAUUGGCCGGGAUUCCGGGGGUUGAUGGCACACCUGGUAAAGAGUGGGUCCUGCCGGUUAGCCGGGGGGGGUCCCGGUGUCGUUUUGGCUGGGGCUGCGGUCGCAGGGCCGUCUACGUCAUCUCCGCGACAGAGUGAGGGGCCCCCGGCUCCUCCUCUUUCUAUUGGGGAAUCCCUCGCGGAUUUCCCACUGGAACAAUCGCGAGACGAAACUCUGCGACACGCGUUUGACCAAGUGAGAGUAAUCGAUGGUCAAACGCUCCAGCCGAAUGCCACCCCGACCUUCCCCCAUUUUUCCAUUUUAAAAGAUAGGUUAUACCGAGUGACGCAGGACACUCAGACGAAGGAGCGUGUCACCCAGUUGUUAAUUCCAAAGAGCCGUCGGGAAUUGGUAUUCCAGGCGGCUCACUUUAAUCCCAUGGCGGGACACCUCGGGCAGGAUAAAACACUCGCCCGGAUAAUGGCCCGAUUCUAUUGGCCGGGGAUUCGCGGCGACGUCCGUAAGUGGUGUACGGCGUGCCGCGAAUGUCAGUUAGUAAACCCAGCGGCCAUUCCAAAAGCGCCCUUGCGCCCCCUACCAUUAAUCGAGACCCCGUUUGAACGAAUUGGGAUGGAUCUCGUCGGGCCAUUAGAUCGG